GGUUAAACUUGAAUGCAAAUUUGAUUGUCGAUUUGGGAAUUUUUAUCUACAUGUCAAAUAUGUCAUAAUCAUUGUGCAACUGUGUUUUGCAAUCUUUUGUUGAUGUUGGCAUUUCACAAAUUCAAUCUUCAUUAGCAUCGCGUUGUCAGAACAAUGUCCGACUGGGCUGCAAAAAUUCUGAAACCCUAAUCAAUGCUAACUACCACUUCUGCAUUCCAAUUUACACAGCAUUUACAAUUAGCCCAAGUAGUAGCCCACUUCAGUAAUCAAUGCAGACAAUUCCCCACAUUUUAACUGGAUUAGCCGAAAAUACAUUAGCUAUUGAAUUUUAUCUAGUAUUUUUCGCUUCUGGGCACACUGCAAUAUGGCUGUUUUUCAUCAUCUUUACGUUUUGGCUCCUCUGAAUCCGUGUUUAUCAAUUGCUUGCCACCCCAUAUCACAACACAAGCUGAGAAAUUCAUUUUUUCACACUACAUUCAAUCUUAAGUGCCCAACUUUCGCGCCAUUUGCUUUGCCAAAUUCUAACCAUGCACCUGGAGCCGUAUCUUCUUUUGCUCAGUUUUUCGAGGGUUUGAUAAACGGUGUGGGUUUAUCGGAAGCUGAAGCCGAGGCGUCUCUUGAUUUCUUGUUGGAUGGUGCUGAUGAGGCAUUGAUUAGUGCAUUUCUGGUGCUUUUGAGAGCUAAAGGAGAAACGUAUGAAGAAGUUGUUGGAUUUGCAAGAGCAAUGUUUAAGUACUGUAGAAAAGUGGAAGGACUAAGUGAUGCCGUUGACAUUGUUGGGACUGGUGGUGAUGGUGCAAACACGGUGAACAUUUCUACUGGAGCUUCAAUUCUUGCUGCAGCUUGUGGUGCAAAAGUGGCUAAGCAAGGUAAUAGGUCGAGUUCAUCUGCCUGUGGUAGUGCUGACGUGCUUGAAGAAUUGGAGGUUGCUAUAAACUUGGACCCGGAGGGGGUAAAAAGGUGUGUGCGUGAAGCAGGGAUUGGCUUCAUGAUGUCUCCAAUUUAUCAUCCAGCAAUGCAGAUUGUUAGACCAGUCAGGAAAAAGCUUAAAGUAAAGACUGUAUUCAACAUCUUGGGCCCCAUGUUGAAUCCCGCACGAGUUCCUUUUGCUGUAGUUGGGGUGUACAAAGAAGAUCUAGUUCAUAAAAUGGCUAAAGCACUCCAAAGGUUUGGCAUGAAAAGAUCAUUAGUAGUUCACUCGGAGGGACUGGAUGAGAUGAGUCCCCUUGGGCCUGGACUAGUCCUUGAUGUCACCCCGGGCAAGAUAGAAAGUUUCUCGUUUGAUCCAUUGGACUUUGGGAUGCCACGAUGCACUCUGGAUGAUUUGCAAGGUGGAGGCCCCGAGUACAAUGCUGACGUACUAAAGCGUGUAUUAUCAGGAGAAAAAGGGUCGAUUGCUGAUGCCUUGGUGUUAAAUGCAGCAGCAGCCCUCUUAGUUAGUGGACAUGUAAACAAUCUGGGAGAAGGAGUGGAUCUAGCCCGUGAAACACAUCUAUCGGGCAAAGCUCUCAGGACCUUGAAUUUGUGGAAAGAUAUCUCAAAUAAGGUCAGAGAAGAAGCACUUAACGGUACUGCAAUCUCCACAUAAAUGUCAAGAGCAAACAACUUUUUAAUGGUUGAGUCGUGCAAAAUCAUCAUUCAGGGUGCACAACUGGACAAACAGCACACUUGAUUCACUAGGCGGAUGACAUAUUGUUCUCGAUCUCCUUUUUGCAUUUUGUGGUGCAUAAAGCAGAUGAUCCAGUGAAAAAAGUCUAUAUCAGACAAAGAGAGACUUCCUCAGAUUUUGUAAAAACUUGUGUGCUAUAUGUAAAUCGGUCUCAUUUUGUAGGAACUUAAUGUAUGUAAAUCACUCUGGAAAGUUCAAUUAAAGGCCUUCAGCUAUGUUAAUUUGUGUUUA